ACAAUGUAAACGGAAAGCGAAAGGCGCGACAGACACACCCCAUAACCUGGGGAAUAAAAACCAAGCGCCUGCUUCAGAAGAAAGACUAAACGACGCACCACUUGUUGAGUUACAGAAAUUACAGAAGUUACAGAAAUGAAGGAAGUUCUGGUGAUAUUUUUGGUCAUUCUGAUCCAUGGCAAUGACGGAGGCCUUUACGUUCGGGGACCGAGCAAGCCGGUUCUGGAGAAUGCUGAGGUCAUCCUGGAGUGCAUGAGCACAGAUCCUGGGGUUGAUCUGAGCCAGGUUCACCUGAGGAAGCUCACGAAUCAAGGUCGCUGGCGUUACGUAAUACCGGACAGGUCUGACACAAACUACCAGCCACUCCACAGGACGACUAUACCUAGCAUGAUGCCAUUCUGGAGUGGUGUCUACGCCUGCGUCUCCAACAAUGCUUCCACGCCAGACAACUCUUCCCAGGCCCUUACCCUGAAUAUGUUUCUGCCAGGUGGAGAAAGAGAAUCUCUCGAUGUGGACACAACUUCCCUCCCAGCAGAGAACCGGACCAACACGUUUUCAGUCAUGAAGAGCCCGACCAUCUACCCCCAGGGGAGGGGCAGCCAGCUCCUGGGCUCCCUGAGGAGGCUAAGCAUCCUGGAGGUGCUCCCGGGGGAGGAUGUGGUGAUGGACUGCUCCAUGAGGGGUCAUCACGGGAGGAGACCGCACUUCUACUGGAGCAAAGAGGGUGAGGACUGGAUGCUGGAUUCCCCUCAGCUGACCUUGAGGAGCGUGCAGGCGGGUGAUGGAGGGCUGUACCGGUGCACAGCCACGGACCCCGCCGAGAGGGCUCUCAGAAGCAGCCAGGUCAUCAGCAUCGACGUCCUGCCCGAGGGCUCCUCCUGGUACAGGACCACCAACGGGUGCGUCCUGCUGAUGACGGCGGCGGUGGCCUCUCUCCUGGUGCUGAUGCUGACCGUGAGCGUGUUCCUGUUCCGCACGGCCCAGCGCGCCAAGCAGGCCAAGGGACCCAUCGAUGACCAUUCCCAGAAGAAACCCAUCUACAAGGGAAGUGCAGAGUCCCUGCCUGCCUCCCUCAGCGGUGACACUCAACCACUGGUUUGAGCACCACCAGGCAGGAGGAGCAGGUGAAGGAGGUGGAGGAGGUGGAGGGGGAGGCGGAGGAGGAGAAGGAGAAGGAGGUAGAGGCUAGGGAGGAGGUGGAGGAAGAGGAGGAGGGGGAGGCGGAGGAGGGGGAAGAUGGAAGACGGCACAGUAUACGGCUUUGGGCUCUCUAGAUGGGGGUAGUAGGGAUUAAGAAGAAGGUUUAAAUGGUUAUGGAUGGUUAUGGAUGGUUGGGCUGGGAGCGCGGUGGGGGAGAAUGUAGACCAGAGACACCGUGGAGGGAGCCAAAAAUCGAACCCCAGUAACGAGAUGGGUGUUGAAGACAGGAGAAUAGAAGGAAUGAUUGUGAUAGGGACCCCCAUACCCCCCCCCCCCCCCCCCCCCACACACAUGCCUUCCCUCACUUCCUCUCUCUGGCCCAGCCUUAGGGGGAGGCUGCGAAAUGUGUUUGGAGCAAAAAGUGGGCAAUUUUCUCUUCAUUGAUUCUGCAACCCACUAAAUGGAGAGCCGCGCUUUUGGGUAAAAGGGGAUGGAGCUUGGGCACUGAAUGGGCUGAGAGAAGUCCAUAAGCUAUUUUCCUGUAACCUUGAAAGGGGAAAGCACUCUAUAGCACUUUUUUUACAGCUUUGAGCUUUUUUAAUGAUGAUACACUCUUCAACGGAAAUUAAGGCUUGGUGUAUGAUGUAAGCAAUGCUGAUUUUUCUGAUUUCUUGAAGUUAAUGCCGACACACCUUAAAUAACGGCUACAUUGAUAUUUCUAUCCAGAUUUGCGUAAAUUUACACUAUAUAUAUUUUUCUAUCUGUACUUGUGUGAAAUGACAUAGAACAAAAUCAACCUUUCAUUUACGAAUGGAUGUGAACAUUAAAGAGUUUGAGAAGAUA